AUGGAAAGCCAGAAAACAAGAAUCAUGUCUGCCUGUUCAGAGCGCGUCAAAACCUGCCAGACUUGCGCCAGGGCCAAGAUCCGGUGCUUGCGCACGCCUGGUGAGACGGUCUGCGACCGCUGUCUGCGCCUGAACAAACAAUGCUAUUUCCGCCCGGCUCGCAUGCGACAAGCAUGGUCGAAAAAGGAGAGCCGACUCGAGUCGCUGGAGCGACGAGUCGAAGAAUUGCUCGGUCAACAAUCCCACGGGGGUUGCAGCCAGCACAGUGACCAUGAUCAAGGCACACCACGCACAACCUCAACCGCCGGCGACGUUAUCGACAGAGGCGUCGUGACGCUGGGCGAAGCGGCUGCGCUGCUGGACUCGUUUCGUCGGCUGAUGAUGCCUCACUUUCCCUUCGUCGUUGUGCCUCCUCAAAUGACGGUUCAAGAGCUUCGCGAACAGAAGCCCUUUCUCUUCCUCGCUAUCCUCUCUGUCUCGGUGACGCGCGAUGUGGAAUUGCAGCGAUUUCUCGACGAGGAGACCGCAGCUGUCUUGGCCAAUCGAACCGUGACGGACCACUGCCACAAGGCCUCGUUGGAGACAAUACAGGGGAUUCUCGUGUCCAUCGCAUGGGGACAACAUCAAGCGGGUGCAAAGGGACCGAAACGACACGCGCCGCGAGACUUUUCAAACUAUCUCCAUCUGGCGAUCAGCCUUGUGGUGGAGCUGGAGCUGGAUCGUCCCGUCGAGCUCCGCAAACGCUGUCCGCGCAUGACCAUCGACACAAUCAGUCCCAUCGCGCGACCGCUACAUAUCCUACAGGACGAGCAGAGGGCCGUAAUCGGGUGCUCCUUCCUCGCAUCAUGCUCCUCCGUCAUCACCCAGAAGACAUGCACAUUCCCCUGGUCCGCCCGGGUAGAGGCGUUUGCGCUCGAGCUGAGCGAAAAGGGAGAAUAUGCAAGUGACCAGUCCCUGAUCCAUCUUGUCCGACUCCAGCAUCUCUUCGAGCAGAUCGAUCACCUCUCUGCGGAUCCCAACAUCCCCACCGCAGGCUACACCAACCCCAUUGGCGAUACGGACGCGUAUCUACACCUAUUCAGGACGAUGUAUAGUGAACUCCAGGACUACACGGCGCAACUCUCGCCACAAUUUACGAGCAACAACUUUAUUCUAGCAGCUCAGCUGCACACGGUGAAUCUAUACCUAUGCCAAGUAAGCCUGUUUGAGAAAGACAGCAUCGCGCAGCUCCCUCAAUCCAUACGAGUCGAUAUCCUCUGCCACGGCCUCGCAACGGCGCGAAACUCCUUCGACGCUCUCCUCACCAUUGCUCUCAACACCGAACGCUACUUGAGCUACACGCAAUGGCUCCAAACGGGCUUCUGCCUAAUCCUAUCCUGCAAACUCGCGCUAAUGGCCGCAUCAGACAAGUCCAUGCGCAUGAACGAACCCCGCGUGCAGGCCCUCUGCGAUAAGCUCGACAUGAUCCGCGUCCUGGAUACCUGCGUCUCGCGACAACUGUCUCAGCAGCCGGAUCGAAAGACGGGAUUCGAUUACUCGGGCUGGCUGCAGUGGAUUCAGGAGUGGUUUGAGAAACAUUAUUAUGCGUAUACCUCGCGAGAGAAAAUGUCGCACGAGGAUAUUGCCGUCGAGCAUGCGAUAGUCCCUGUUCAUCAUCAACCGACGCACUCGCCGCCGUUCUGUACAGGUGACGAAAUCGGUAUUCCGGUGUCGGCGGAAGAUUACAUGCCGUGGCCGGGCUUUCCGGAUGUACUUCCCAGUAAUAAUGUCCUUGGUGGGUGGAUGGAUCUUGGAGUUAUUUCGCUCUAA